AUGCCAUAUACGGGACAAAUGUAUGGCCUCUUUUAUGUCCUACUCAACAUUACUUGUCACUAUUUACGCGCGCGUUGGGAAGCGGUCCUCGCUUUUGUAUCCGUUACGAGUCUAAGUAAAUUUAUUGCUGAUUUUUAACUAACAUUGCAAACUUAAGCAGUACUCUGAUUUUAUCUUCAAUCAAGUUUACUUAAAUAUAGUCCUUAGGCUGCAUUCAUUCGUGCGUACAACUAAAUAUAUCCACGACUUAUCGCGUACAUUUUCAUAUUUAUGAUUGAUAGACUAUAAGGUUUCUAAUAUGAGCAAUACUGAUAUAAAAAGAAGUUGGAGUGGAGAGGUUACGCAAACAUUAGAACAGUCUUCCAAAAGAAACAUAAAGAAAGGGAGCAAUGAAGAUAUUAGUCAUAGGAAAAAAUUGAAACCCAAUACUGAGAAUAAAGCGAGUCCAAAACCACAAAGGAAACCUUUAGAACUAGAGACAGACCUAACAGUGCUUCAGAGACGUCAAAAACAAAUUGAUUAUGGCAAAAAUACUGUCGGGUACCACAAUUACAUUCAGCAAGUACCCGUAGAUCAAAGAACCAAAGACCAUCCGAAAACUCCAGAAAAAUAUACAAAAUACAGUCGAAGGUCCUGGGAUACAUUAAUAAAAAUGUGGAGGAAAAAACUUCAUGAGUAUGAUCCAAAGGGAAAAAAUGAAGAUGAUGAUGACGAAGACAGUGAUAAGCAAGAGAAACAUUCAGACUGAUUUACAUACAGAUUAUACUAUUAUUUUCCAAGAUACUAAAAUAUUACUUUGUUAUCAAACAUGCAUUUGAAAAACAAAGCCUAGUUAUGAGCAAUUGGAUAUCAGAAACAAGCAUAUUAGGAAAAGUUGCAAGUUUCAAAAUAUACUUUUAAAUAAUAUGUGUACUAUCUAGACUGUUCUGAAGUUAGCUAAUAGAACAUAUAAAUUAGUAUAUGGGCCAAUAUGGCCCACAUUUAUACUAUGCUUGCUGAAACAACAGUAUUUAUGUUGUUAAAAUAUUAUAUAGAUCUUGUAUGUAAUACAUUUAAUACCCACAGUUCCUGCUUUGAUUCUGUUAUUCUAAACCCAAAAAAGUCAUGCUUGAAAAAAUUUGAGAGCAUGCAUCUUGGUAUAAAAAUUGUCUGGCAUACAUGUUUCAACCUGUCUAAACGUUCGCCAGGCUGUAUAGUCGAAAUAUUACCCAAAGUGAUGUAUGGAAGUAUGAGACAAUACUUUGUACAAUCAUGUACAGACAAAGCAAAAGUUUCAUUAAGAUGAUAAUGUCAAGGCCAGAAUAAAAGUAAAAUGUAUUUUUACUCAUCAACACAGUUUAUAUAUCUAAGUGUUUAAUGGCAUCAUAGAUGUCUGGACAUUAAAACAUAUGUCACAAGGGCCAUAGAUAUGUUUGAUGACCAUCUUGGUAGUUUUUAAAAAAUCUGCACAGUUCAAAGAUAGGAACUUGAUUUAUAUACAUAUAUGUAUAUAUAAUAAAAUCCUAUUUCAUUUUAAGGACUUCACUUCUGCGUCUUCGGAAGUGCGGUGGCUAGGUACUAAAUUAAUAUGAAAUUAAAAUGGCCCCAUUCCGAAGGUGUAUGUUAUGUUAGAGUCUUCUAGCGCCUAAAAAUCAUUAAAUUCAAACAAGGGGAUAAAGAAUUAUUCAAAUUAUUUAAUUAGCACAUUAAUUUUUCAACUUCUAAAAUAAUAAAACUUGUAGCUAAUAUAUGACUGAAAUCAGUAGUCUUUGUAUAGUCCCACAAAAAUAAUUAUUAUUCAUCCCCUGGUUUACCAGGUUGUUUUGUAUACCUUUUUCUAAGGUAUAGGCAUUCUAUCAUGACAGUAGAAAGUCUUAAAGUAAUAUUGCGUCUAUUUUUCGGCAAAUGUAUAGAUGUCCAGAUGUCUAUGACACCUCAAGUAACCAGAUAUUCAUAACAUUUAGUUGGUACAAAUAAUUUAGAAGAACCCUUGGUACAGAUAUUAUUUUCGUCCCGUCAACAUAUUAUAUAAAGAUUUAUGCUUAUCAACAGUAUUGACAUAAUUACAGGAUACUGUAUAAAUAUUUUUUAUUUUCAAAUUGCUUUGUUUCUUUUUCAUUAAUAUAUGAUACUAUAUUA